UGUAACUUGGAAACCGUUCCUUCCAAUUGACUUUCACUCGCCCAUGGCCGCAACUGCCUAAACUCCAACCUGAUUGUCUUCAAAUCGAAAAGCCGCAGCGGCCGCGGCCCCACUACCACGAACGCAAACCGCUAUGCCUACACGCACGACAACUUUCUGCACUUUCAUACGAAUAUUGUAUUCCAUGGAGAUGAAAUCCAUCAUUCCACGCUGUAAUUUGACCUAGCCAACUCCAGGAUUCGUCUGCGGCGUUGCUGAUAGCGAUUGUCUGCUGGAUUAACGCCUAUGGCGGGGAAGCCUUUGGCACGUUCGGAUUCGAUGUCCACCACAGGUAUUCGGAUACUGUGCGCGAGUAUCUCGACGUCGAUGGAUUGCCGGAGAAGGAUAGUGUGGAUUACUUCACUGCCAUGGCGCACCGAGAUGAGCUCUUCAACGCUCGUCGCCUCGCAACCUCGUCUUCCUCCUCGCGUCUCCUCACCUUCUUCGGUUCCAACCAGACUUUCCGCAUCAGUUCCCUUGGAUUCUUGCACUAUGCAAUUGUGGUUGUAGGCACUCCUCCAUUAACAUUUCUGGUGGCGCUCGACACAGGUAGCGACCUCUUCUGGCUACCUUGCGACUGCACAAACUGCGCCCGGUCUGCAAACUUAACUACAGGCAGGUCUUUAGAUCUUAACAUAUACAGCACCACUACAUCAUCGACCAGUUCGCCUGUCGCGUGCAACAGCACAAUGUGCGGCGAGGAAAGGCAGUGUUCUGUAAGGUUCAACGCUUGCGCUUAUCAAGAAGUAUAUCUCUCCGCCAACACAUCAACCACCGGGAUCUUGGUAGACGACGUCCUGCAUUUGGGCACCAAUUCUGAUCCACAAGAUCUUGUUGAUGUCCCGAUAACAUUGGGAUGUGGGAUGGUUCAGACUGGUGACUUUGUCGAAAAUGCUGCCAUUAAUGGUCUUUUCGGGCUCGGAAUGGACAACAUAUCCGUCCCGAGCAUUUUAGCCAGCAAAGGACUCACGGCGAACUCUUUCUCCAUGUGCUUCGGGCGCAACGGGCUCGGGAGGAUCGAGUUUGGCGAUAAAGGGAGUCCCAACCAGAAAGUUACGCCGUUCAAUCUUCGAUCAGUACGCCCGACGUAUAAUGUCACCGUGACACAAAUCGCUGUGGGCGAUAACGUAACUGAUCUUGAGUUCACAGUAAUCGUCGACUCCGGCACCUCAUUUACCUACUUGAACGACCCCGCCUACUCAGUUAUCGCUGAUGCCUUCAACUCUCAGAUAACCAAUGAGCCGCCAUACCAAUCUCCUCAACCGAUCAUUUUCGAUUUUUGCUACAGCCUCAGCGCAACUCAAGAAAGCUUUACCAUUCCGACGUUGAACUUCACAAUGAAAGGCGGAAGCCAGUACUCGGUUAAAGUCCCGUAUGUUGUAAUUCCUCGACAGGGGGGCUUUGCUUACUGUUUGGCUAUCGUCAAAAGUGACGAUAUUAACCUCAUGGGACAAAAUUUUCUGACCGGCCACCGGAUAGUCUUUGAUCGCGAGGAGAUGGUUCUCGGCUGGAACGAAGACGACUGCUCUGGUUCGACCUCGUCGGGGACUGGAGGGAACACUCUGCCAGUAAGCCGGGGCAACUCGUCCGGUGCUCCUCCACCUUCGGUUUUCAAUCCUGAAGAGACGCCUGCCGGAACUGAUACUCCGGCAACACCUGGUGUACUGCCACGUUCGUUGUCUCCACCUCCGCCGCCGCCACCGCCGUCGAGUUUGCUCGCCGGAAGCGGAGCAGCGGCGGUGUUGAGUUGGAAGGGAUACUGGUUUGGGGUGUUGAUGGUGUCGUUGUGGUUCUACCAGUUCAUUAUUCUUUCUUCUUGAGGAGAGCUGUUUUUUGUUGCUUCAACGUUUAUUUGUAUACUGUUGAAAAUUAUAAAUUAUACCCACAGGACUCAAUAUUUGUAUCUUUGAUUGAUGCAAUUUUUUUUUGUAAGAUAAAAGGUUUG